AUGGAUUUUAUUAAUACUCCACAAAUCUUAAUAACCGAGUCAAGAGAUCCUAAAAUAAUUACAGGGCUAAGAUUAUGUCCAGGAUAUAUUGGAGUGAGUGAGGGCGAUGUUGAUUCCAACACAAUUAAUACAGGUGGUCGAAAAUUAUUUGAUUUUACGGUGGAAGGCAAGUUUAUCAAGUCUUAUGGCGCGGAAUAUUUGGAUGGUGAUAUCGAGAGUGCCAAGAACAGUAAUAUAAUAUCAAUUAAAAAUUAUAAUUCGUCGAGUUUUAAAAAAGAUCGUAACAAUUGUAUGAUGUUCAGACCAGAGGAUAGUAUGAAUUAUGAAUAUAAUCAAGAUGAUCCAUCUAAAAUAAUCAAAUCUUUCCUUAAAUUUAACAUCAAGCCGUCUUCGUCAAAUUCAGCGCCAGCUCCACCAUUUUUUUCCGUGAACAUAGAUAGACUCAAUGUUAACAACCUUAUUUAUAGAUUGACAAAAAACUUAACAACAGAACUUGAUGACAACGAACCAUCUUUACAAUAUAAUGUAAAUACCAUAUUGAAAAAUCAAAAAACUAUCCUAGAAUAUUAUACUAUUAUCCAUAAAAGAUUUUCAACAACUCUAUUGGGUCAAAUAGGGAGCACCAAACCUAACAGACUUUCAUUGGAAGUUAAAACAAAUUCAAUCAGUCUACCAUUAUCCUCCUCGGCAUCGAAUAAUGUCCUAGCCGAAUUUGUAUUGUUACCUUCACAGUUUCUUCGAUUUGAAAAUGAAAAAUACGAAUACCAAGCAAAACGUUACAUUAGUUCGGCCGGAAUACCAUUAGGUGAAGAGAUUGACGACAGGCCGCAAAAUGCGAGUUUAGAAGAUAGAUUACAAAUAUUGGAAUACCUAUUAAAAGAUUAUUAUCUGGAUAGUUAUUAUCUAGAGAAAUUGAAACAAACAAAAUUGAAAUAUAAUAAGGCUGAACAAAAAUUUACAGAGUUAGAAGAAUUGUAUGAGAAACAAGCAUGUUUAAAUAAUGUUGGUGAUGAGGAUGAAGGCGACGAGAAUAAUACACGGAACAAUGGAAGAAGAAGAUGUGGUUUAUGGCAAGGCCUUUAUAGGGUUAGUUUUAAUAACGAUAAUCAAAGUGAUAAUAAUAUUGAAGAAGCUGGUGGCAGUGACAGUGGUAAUGAAUUUGAAAAAAUUGGGAUUACACUUGAAAAAUAA